CACGUCUCCACAGGGGGUGUAAUUAUCCACGUGAAUCACAAGUAUGAGUACCAGACUAUGAUGGGCUUCGGAGGAGCUUUCACAGACGCAACGGGCAUCAACAUUGGUACUCUGUCCAACGAUACACAGGAGGUUCUGCUUAAGUCCUACUUCUCGCCUGAGGGCCUCGAGUACAACCUGUGUCGCGUCCCCAUCGCCGGCAGUGACUUCUCAACUCGCCCUUAUUCCUAUGACGACGUGGAGGGUGACGUAGAGCUGACACACUUCAGUUUGACGGACGAGGAUUACAUGUACAAGCUUCCAUACAUCCAGCGGGCCAUAUCGCUAUCCGAACGAGAACUCCUCAUUCUCGGUUCUCCUUGGUCCCCCCCGGCAUGGAUGAAAGAAAACGGGCAUUUCAACGGGUCUGGCGGCAUUCUGAAGGAAAUGUGGCAGCCUUAUUCCGACUAUUUUGUGAAGUUUGUGCAGAGUUACGAGGCGGAAGGUGUGCCGAUAUGGGGGCUUACGACACAGAAUGAGCCACUUACAGGGUUCGAGGACUGGUUCUGGAACACGUGUGCUUGGACGGCAGAAGACCAACGGGACUGGAUUAAGACCAAUUUAGGCCCGACGCUGGAAGCUGCUGGACUCAGAAGAAUUAAACUCAUGGUGGAUGACCACAACCGCGACACCUUGCCCUGGUACCCUGCCACUAUUCUGGAGGACCCGGAAACCAACAAGUACGUGGACGGAAUAGCUCUUCACUGGUACGCCGAUGACUGGACAGGACCCAGCGUGAUGGACGAAACCCAGGCACUCUUCCCUGACAAGUUCCUGCUCUACACCGAGGCCUGUGACGGUUGGGACGCCGAUGCCGAAGAGCGAGUACUUCUUGGGGACUGGUAUCGGGGUGAGAGCUACGCCUAUAACAUUAUCGAUGAUAUGAACCACUGGUCGACGGGAUGGGUGGACUGGAACAUGGCCCUGGACAUGACCGGAGGACCUAACUGGGCCAACAACUUCGUGGACUCCCCUAUCAUUAUCAACAAGGAAACGGGAGAGUUUUACAAGGAGCCAAUGUUCUACGCGAUGGGUCACUUCAGCAAGUUCAUCAGUCCGGGAUCUCGUCGCACAUACACUAAUAUCUUUGGGUCUGAGCAAGUCAAGGCCACAGCUGUGCACAACAGUCAGGACGAUACCACAACCGUCGUUAUUAUUAACCUAGGCGACGCGGCAGAACUCCUCAGCGUUGACGUCGGCGACAGCACCAACUACAUCAACUUCGACCUGCCCGCCAAGGCCAUCGUCACGCUGCUCUUCCAGACCCCGACCGUCGCCAAGUAAAGGGAACCUGACGACCUGGCUCAAGAAAAGGAGG